UUAGAAGAUAUUCGUGCGUGGACAAUGUGAUAACUUCCUUGGAUCUUUCCCCAGCGCGCCCAGGCCCAAGCAAUGACGUGUGCGGGGAGGGAGCUGGGCGCGAAAAUGCCCCUCCGAGCAAUCCGUGCCUCUUCAGCCAGACUCACAGCUACACACCGACUACGCGUCUUCCGGCUGUGUUCAAAGCUUUGACAACAACGUCCCCCAGCGCAUCAACAAAGUCGACCAGUUGUGACUGCCGUCCAAGGAUAAAACGAUUGACAUGUGUCUUCCACCCUAAUCACGCGCUUGCGACAACACCUCACAUUACAAACAGAACAGCCUCUAAGAACUAGUAUCGCGUGAGCGGCAGCGACCGCACUCACAACAAGAUGCUCGUUCAGCUACACCUCGACCAACCGCAUGACGGUCCACAACACUAUACCAACCUAGAUGUACUCAGCGGCAAGGUUCAUCUACGAGUUCCAAACCCGGGCAGCAUCACCAGUAUCGUUGUCAAGCUCGAAGGAGAGUCGCGCACUCGAUUGUUAGCGCCUGUGAGACCGGAUCGUCCGGACAAACAGAGGCCUGUGUUGGAAGUGCACAAGUUUCUGUACAAGACGCAGGUAGUAUGGCCAGCAAAUACGCGCUUGGAGGACGUCAAUCCCAAAGCAAGCUUCACGAUCAACUCUGGCAACUACGACUACCCUUUCCAGUUCAAGAUUCCUCUUAAUACCCAAUGUCAGCAGCAGAACAGCCUAACUACGAAUGUCUCCUUCGCGAAUAUGGUUCCCGAGGUAGCCAAGACACCUACGCAACAUAUGAAGGGAACCCUUCCGCCUUCCUUGAGCGGCUUCCCUGGAGAAGCGGAAAUACGAUACUAUGUGAAGGUAACGGUAAACUUGCCGUCAUUCUUCAAGGAGAACCCCAGGGCUACAGCCAAUUUCACUCUGCUACCGAUUGAGCCACCUCGCCCGGCAGCUACAGACGGCGAGGCGUACGCAAGAAGGCAACAUCAAUUCUUGGAAAACUUCCAGAGUCCUUCCGUUGGCAAAAAGAAGGGCCUCUUCGACAGAAAAUCCUCAGUCCCGACGUCACCAACUGCCACUACGACACCACGUGUGACGGUGGAUGCACGUCUUCCAAAUCCCGCUAUCCUUACAGCGAACCACGAUCUACCCUUGAGACUUCUCGUGAAGAACAUGAGCGAGCGCACAAAGAACGUGUAUCUACAAAUGCUUCAAAUUGAGUUGAUUGGCUACACCAAAGUCCGCGCGCAUGAAGUCACAAGGACUGAGUCAAACAGCUGGAUCCUCGCCAGUAUGAGCAACAUGGCGAUUCCUAUCGGCUCCAUCUCUGACCCCGUGGGUACUGAGAUUCCCAUAAAUCCGGAGUACUGGUCCGGCAAAGCCGUGCCCAACUCGGUAGCGCCAACUUUCACAACCUGCAAUCUGAGCCGUUUCUAUGAAUUGGAAGUACGCGUGGGUCUAGGCUACGGCUCCUACAACCAUGGCGAGGACCAGCUCGUUGUUCUUCCACUACGCCUGCCUGUGAAGGUCUACUCCGGCAUUGCCCCGCCCAAGGCUCUUCUGGACGCUACGCUUGUGGGUGCAGACACGAAGUUGAAGCCUGCGACGGGCCAAGAUCUCAACGCACCGCAGAUGCCCACGACGCCGACGCACCAAAGCGGGUUCCCGCCUGCGCAGGGCGCGACCCAACAAGAAGCGCCUGCGUAUGAUGAUGCACCGCCCAGCUAUGAGGAUGCCGUCGGGCAGGACCUACCCCCGAUCAACGGUUAUAGAGGUUCCUACGACCCUCCGCCUGUACCCGAGGGCGCGCCGAGAUUUUCGGACGAGAAGCGCAGAUGAGGGGUAGAAGACAUGGGAACAGCGCAACCUGCAUAUGUCGCACACGUUUGCAGGCUGCGAGUGCGGAUCGACGCGGCAGAAGACUCAGGCCUGCGUGUCUGAUCCAAUCAUUCGAGCGUUUGUACAGCCUUGUGAGGACUUGGGGUAGGAUCGAUGAAACGAUCGCAGCCCACGGUGCUCGCUUCACAUUGUUCUGGUAGCUAAUAUCCAAUCACGAUGUUUCACCUGUUGAUCGAAGUCU